AGCUAAGUUCUUUGGUUUAAGAAGUAGGGGCUUUGGAGCUGUAGUCACACACUUCAAGUUCUCAGUAUCAAAGUUACUAUCGACUAUUGCUCUCCAAUGACAAUAAGAUUGCUUCUGCAAGUUAGCCUUUCUUCCUUAAUAAUUCCAACAUGUAUAAAUGCAUGAAAGAAAGGUAAGAUAAGAAGCUGAGAAAGUUAUAUUAUAUUGGCAGACUCAAAGGUAUCUUCCACAGAGCAUAAACUUGCAGAUUUUCUAAUGUAUGCUGGAAAAUAUUAGGAAAUAUUACCAAAUAUUAGGAGCACUGAGCACCUGUUUGUUUAGUUAUCAAAUUGGUGUGCUGCCCAACUCCCAAUGACUCUGGGUGGCUCACAGCAACUAAAACAAGAGAAAUACAAUUACUAGCAAGUUUUUUAAAAAAAAAAGACAGGAAGAAUGACAAACCAGACAGGAACAAAGCAAAGGCCUGUUGCAAUUGCUGAUAUUGUUCAACCUUCUGAAUGAAUGUGAUCCCUGGAAGACUAUUCUGGUAGAUGACAUGAGUGGGAAUGAGACAAGAGUACUGAUGAAGUAACAGGGCCAUUCAGAGACACAAGAACCAUGAGCAUCUGUUUACAAAAAGGUCUGUUUGUUUCAAAUAUGUGUUUCAAGUCCAUUUAUCCAUACCUAGUACGCUAUAGAGGAAACCAGUCCUUUCAAUUAAUAUGUAACUAAGCCUGGCUACCCAGGAAGUUAAACUGCAUAUUUUCAGAUGAGGUGAUGCAGAAAAUAGCAGGUGUUCCAACGGUGCAGUUUUUUAUGAUGUUUUUUUAAACCUCGGUACACUCAGCAGCAAACAGCAACAUAUUUUGAGUCCUCAGGGUCAAACUCCAUCCAAAUCAAGUGUCCCACUGAAAAGAAAUGCCUUUCUGGACAGGAGCAUGGGUGAGAAAAGCAGCACCGGGAUUGACGUUUCCUUCCUCCCUCUCCGCGAAAUUGAAUGCCUGGAAUAAACUGAGACUCCCCACGUAGUUUCCUUCAUCGGUGCUGGUUCAAGAAACAAAACGGAACAAAGCAUGGGGUGUUCUGAGCUGGGAAAGCUGCACAGGGCCUUUACCUCAGUGUCAUCUGCUCUUCCCUGGCCAACCCGAGGCAGCUUCGGAAGAAAGCCUUCAGCAGCCAGGCAGCCCAAGCGUAAGGAAUCGUGCCCGGGAGAGGGGGCAGCGGGAGGUGUGGCUAUUGCGAGGGAAAUUCCCGGAAUCUAAGUCUGUAUUUGAGGCGAAGGGGCCUCCCACACCCGCCACAGGCUGCAGGAGGUCGCCUUCCGCUCCGCCUCAGCCGCCCGGCGCUUGGCCCGCAGAGAGGACGCGGCGCGGGAUCGUUCGUGGCGUUUUCUGAGGAGGCGAGUCAGGCGUUGCGAAACCACCGCGGAAAGCUGCGUAAUCCCUACCCGGGGGAUUUCGGAAGGCAGCGGAGUUAAGAUGCCGGGCAUGAGGUGCAGGAAGGAGGAGAUAAUCAUGAUUUUGCCAAUUUGGAGUCUUUGGUUCAUCUCAACUGCUGGAGCUGAAAGUCUUUCUACUGAAAAGAUCAUUCCAUUUUGUGACCUUGCUCAUUGCAACUUUUCUGGGAAGAGUUUGCACACUGUUCCACUGGGUAUAUCAGAUGUCGUCUUGGAACUGGACCUGGCCUUCAAUAACAUAGUACAUAUCAGAGAUGGGGACCUGAAGUUUGCAGUCAAUCUUACAAUGCUUUUGCUUCAAUCCAAUUUAAUUCACACAAUUGACAAGGAUGCCUUUGACUUCCUUGGAAAGCUAGAGUAUUUGGAUUUAUCAAAGAACAAUCUGACCUACUUGUCACCCUCUUGGUUCAAACAUCUUUCUUCUUUACAGAAGUUAAACAUAAAAGGGAACUCCUAUUCGAAACUGGGAGAAAUUCCAUUAUUUUCUGGCUUACAAAAGCUGGGAUAUCUGUACUUGGGAAAUGAUAAGUUCUCCUCUUUACAGACAAAAGAUUUUGAAGGAAUUUCAGUUCUUGAAGAACUGGAGAUUGAAGGACAAAAUCUUAAACAAUAUCAACCAGGAACUCUACAGUCUCUUGAGUACAUAAAUCAAAUGUUUUUGAAUGUUCCUAUCAACUCCAUAUUGCAUCAGAUAAUAAUUGAUGUUAGAAAUUCUGGGGUGUCUCUUGAGUUGAGAAAUAUCCAACACCACCACCUUUUAUCCCUUAUCUCUUAUUUCAGAGAGGUUCCAGUGACUGCUCAGAAGCUUGUAUUUAGAAAUAUUGAACUUUUAGAAAAACAUGUUGCGCAGUUACUUGAUGUGUUAUCCCGUAUGAGUCAACUACAAGAGUUAGAACUUAUAAAUAGCAAAUUACAGGGUACUGGGUAUUUCAAUAAUACUCAGACUAUUUCAAAUAAUGUACAUAUAAUAACAAUUAGAAAUUUAAAAAUAGAUUCAUUUUAUUCAUUUUCAGAUCUUUCAUCUAUGUUGUAUCUUGUAGAGAAUAUUACCAGACUGACAAUUGAAAAUUCGAAAGUUUUUCUUGUGCCUUGCAAUCUUGCAAAAGCAUUCCAUUCAGUGCAGUACCUUGAUUUCAGUAUAAAUUUGUUUCAGGAUUUGUUAUUGGAGCAUUCAUUGUGUCCAGGCAGUUGGCCUAAACUUCAGACUUUCAAUGUUAGUCAAAAUUCUUUGAAAGAUGUUGAUAGAAUAGCUCGAAGUGUGGCUCAUUUAGUCAGUCUUACUAAUUUGGAUAUAAGUCAGAAUACCUUAGAACAAAUGCCAGAGUCAUGUCCUUGGCCAAGAAGCUUGAAAUAUUUAAACAUCUCUGGCUGUAAAGUAGAGAAACUUACGGGUUGCAUCCCUGACACUUUAGAAAUUCUGGAUGUUAGCAACAAUUUUCUCUAUGAUUUUAAGGUGAGCCUGCCUCAUCUUCAUGAACUUUACAUAAAAAAUAACAGAUUAAAAGCCCUUCCAGACACUGCCUUCAUCCCUCAUGUAAGGACUGUGAAUAUUAGAGAAAACAAACUAUUUGAGUUUUCUGAGCAGGAACUGGAACAGUUUGUAGAAUUGGAGAUGCUGGAUGCCCGUUUUAACAGCUUUCAGUGCAAGUGUGCAUUUGUUUCCUUUGUACAGUCUCAUCCAAGAAUAUAUAAUAUCUGUGUUGAUUGGCCUGAAAACUACAUCUGUGAUUCUCCAGAUUAUGUAAAAGGGGAUCAGAUAGGAGUUGUCCAGCUACGACUGACUGACUGUCAUUUCAGUUUAGUCGUGUCCAUCCUUUGUAUUCUGAUACUCCUGAUCAUCCUGGUGGCAGCAUUUCUUUGCUACAAGUUUCAUGUUAUCUGGUAUAUACGCAUGACCUUGGCCUGGCUUAAAGCAAAACGCAAGCCUCAAAGGACCCACGACCAGCCAGUCUGCUAUGAUGUGUUUGUUUCUUAUAGUGAACAAGACUCUGAAUGGGUGGAAAAUAUUAUGGUGCAAAUGCUGGAGCAAACAAACCCUCCAUUGAAACUCUGCCUUCAUAAAAGGGAUUUUACACCUGGCAAAUGGAUUGUAGACAAUAUUAUUGACUCAAUUGAGAAGAGCUCUAAAACCCUGUUUGUACUUUCAAAGCAUUUUGUACGGAGUGAGUGGUGCAAGUACGAAUUGGAUUUUUCUCACUUCCGACUUUUUGAUGAAAAUAGUGACACUGCCAUUUUGAUCCUUUUGGAACCCAUUCCAGCAAAAACAAUUCCUGAAAGAUUUUGCAAACUCAGAAAAUUAAUGAACACCAAAACUUACCUUGAAUGGCCAAGCAGUGAAGAUCAACAACAAAUAUUUUGGUUUAAUUUGAAAAUGGCAAUAAAAGCCUAGGUGACAGGUUGGGAUAACAGACCAUUUCCAGUAGAACCAGUUUUAGCAGCACCUCUGAUGUGAAGAAUUCAGUACAGUUCAGGAUAUACAGCUGAUAGUCCAGGAAGCAAGUAGGAUUUCAGAACUACUGUGAUUCCUUGAGUCUCAGACAUUUCCUUCACCAUGUAGUUUGACUGCUUUACUGUGAGCAGAAACAUUGGGAACAUGCACUACUAGCCCUGUCCAGGUUUUGCAUGUGUAUCUGAACUCUCCAGAUGUUUGUGAAAACCAAGAAAUUAGCAGGGAAGUACGCAGUAGCUGAUGUGUUGAAGGGGACAGUUCUAGCAGAGUCUCAAGAACCAAUUAACCAGGAGAGGUUGAAGGAAUUGAUAGACAAUAUUUGUACAUUGGAUUAAGCCACUAUUUGCUUAACUGUGAUUUAUUCAAUAAGAUAUUAUCUGAAUUCAUGCAUCAUGCUAAGCUGUAAAUCAUGAUGUACAAAUAACAGAGGCCACAUAACACAGUAAGCCAAACCCAAACAAGCUGCGCUGUGGUUUGGUGUGAUGUAUGCACUGAGUGAACUUUGGCAUGCCAAGAAAAUGAGGCAAGCAGGGGAACUAACACAAAUAGUUUUUCAGUCAUGAUUAAUUAUAAAAAAUAGUAUCUAUUAAAUUCGCUGUUGAAUAGGAGCAUAUAUCAUGUGAAUGCCCAAUAAUAUAAGUAUAUAUUAUACUUAUUAUUUAAAUAUGAAACAAUAAGUAUAAUAUAUACUCGUGUAACUUAGGCCUUUUCUGUUGUUUUUUAGAAUUUGGUGGUUGCUAAAAGCAGACAACCACUUAAUGCACAGAAUCACUCAAUUGCUGGAUGGCAUUUUAUUGGUGGUUACUAUCUUUUGAAAGCUCCCGAGAGCUAUUAGAAGUAGGCCGCAUAUAAAUCAGUUAAAUACAUAAAAUGAGUAAGUUGCUUAAUUGAAUGUGUCCUCAGAUAAACCAUAAGCUGUGACUUCCUUGUUGUUUUCAGAAUUUGAGAAGAUACACAGUACAUUUGCACUGAGCUUCAUUCCUUUUCUGAGGGGCAGAAAGCACUUCCUGCAGAUACUUUAGUUUACUAAGGGUAAUGUGUGAAAUAUGUGUUUUCUGGUAACAUUCUGUACUUCCUGACUGAAAUAAAAUACUUUUCUUAA